AGGAGUAUCUGCAAUUGCAUCCGGCCCAGGAACAACAUUUGCACCAUCGACAUAGAUUUUUAGCAAAAAAAAAACACAGGACAGGAUGUCUCAUGUGAACAAUGGCACGCCUUCAGGACUCUAUUCGCUGUUUGUUCAUAACGAGCCAACUGAUUCGGCACUAUACGACCUCAACAGUGCCUUCCAACAAGUCGUUCAUCAUCAAGCGCAAGCUCGGAAAGAAGCAGAAGCAGAACCGUCCUCUGCCUAACUGGUGCCGCAUGCGUACCGACAACAAGAUCCGCUACAAUGCCAAGCGCCGCCACUGGCGCCGCACCAAGCUGGGCCUCUAAACUGGUCGCCCAUGCGGUUGGACAGCUGGAGUUCAUUUACAUAUUGGCCUUUCGUGUUGUCCUAUAAAGAUUGCGAUUAAAACCAAAAGGCACAUAUCCGAUGCAAAGCCAUAAUGGCUUUUUUUUUACUAUUUGUGUAUACGCUCGAAAUGACACAUAGACAAGCAAACAUAGG